AUGGACUUAAGGUUUAUUGGACUGGGAUCGUUGGUUGAGGCGGGCAAGGCUGCCGGUGCGGAUAUGGCGGUAGAGGCUGGUCUGAUCCAAACAUCAACUGUUCAAGUCAAAGCUGGUGUGGCAGAGCGGGCUGAUGUGGCCAACGCUGUGGUCGCUUGUCUGAGAGGCCCUGCUCGCCAAGCCUGCAAGGUCAAGAGACGGUGUCAGGACGUCUUUGGAAGCAUCCCUCUCAAGGACUUGAUCAGCAAGGCCCCUGUCACUUCUUAUUCUGGCGCUUCGACGGCUUCUUCUGGCAAGACACCAAGGGCUUCUGUGGUGGGACACAGCGUCAUGGAGUUCAUUACGCGCCUCAAGCAGAUGAAAAUCCUAGAGCCGCGUGACCAGCCACUGAUGAAGGAGGAUCCCGAUUACACUUCCAUUAACCUCAAGGCCGUAGUUGGUCCAGCUCAAAGAGUCAGCAAGCGCAAGUGUAGCGAUGGUUCCAUGCAAGGAGACAGCUCAGUUCAACAAGGCAAGAAGCGCAAAGCAGUGACGGAACCAAAGCCAAGAAUGAGCCAACCCCGAGGUUCCAGAAAGAAUUCACAAGUCAAGGACACGAUUAUCGAUAACGGAUACUAUUGCCCGGCCACCCCAUAG